GUUAGAAGACCUACUGCAGACGAUAUGCGAUUAAGAAAAUGUCAAUAUUAUCCGUCCACCUUUCGCGCCUCACCCGCCAUCACUUCCCCUUCUCUUCCCUUCUCUUUCCUUCCUCUCGCCCUUAUUACCAUGCCUGCGCUCCUUCCCGCCGCAAUCUUCGUUUCUCCGUGAUUAAAAGAUUCCCUUUCCGCUGCAUUUGCUCUUUUCCAGCUACCAAUUCGAUUGCAGAUAGGAAUCGGAAUGUGGAAGUUGGCGAGGAAAAGUAUGAUGUUAUUGUGGUUGGAGGUGGACACGCAGGUUGUGAAGCUGCUCUUGCGUCUGCUCGGUUGGGGGCCAAAACUUUGCUUCUCACCCUAAACAUUGAUCGGAUAGCGUGGCAGCCUUGCAAUCCAGCGGUGGGUGGACUUGCAAAAUCACAACUUGUACAUGAAGUGGAUGCGCUUGGUGGUGAAAUUGGAAAGGUUGCUGAUAGGUGCUAUCUACAAAAGCGUGUUCUUAAUGUUUCAAGAGGUCCUGCUGUCCGGGCAUUGCGUGCACAAACUGACAAACGGGAAUAUGCAAUGCAAAUGAAAAAUGUGGUUGAGAGUACUCCAAAUCUCUCAAUUAGAGAGGCAAUGGUGACAGAUAUUUUGCUUGGAAAGAAUGACAAUGUUGAAGGUGUUUGCACUUUUUUUGGUAUGAACUUCUACGCCCCUGCUGUUAUACUGACAACUGGAACUUUUAUGAGUGGUAAAAUAUGGGUUGGUAGAACCUCUAUGCCUGCUGGAAGAGCUGGUGAGUCUGCAUCACAUGGUCUGACUGAGAACUUGCAGCGUCUUGGAUUUGAAUCUGAUCGGUUAAAAACUGGAACCCCAGCACGGGUGGACUGUCGUACUGUUGAUUUUUCUGUUUUGGAGCCUCAGCUUGGAGAUGAAGAGGUCAGCUGGUUUAGUUUCGAUCCUGAUUUCCACAUUGAAAAGGAGCAAAUGUGUUGUUAUCUGACACGGACUACUAAGAGUACCCACCAGCUUAUUAAAGAUAACUUGCAUGAAACUCCUACCUAUGGAGGAUGGGUUGAAGCAAAGGGGCCUAGAUACUGCCCUUCCAUUGAAGAUAAGAUUGUGAGAUUUCAAGACAAAGAGUCUCAUCAGAUUUUUCUUGAACCAGAGGGUCGGACUGUGCCUGAGCUCUAUGUGCAGGGGUUCUCAACUGGUCUACCAGAAAGACUACAGUUACCACUAUUGAGAACUUUGCCUGGACUUGAGAAUUGUUCAAUGUUAAGACCUGCAUAUGCUGUUGAAUACGAUUAUUUACCAGCUCAUCAGUGCUCUAGGUCUCUUAUGACAAAGAAAAUUGACGGUUUAUUCUUCUCUGGUCAAAUAAACGGAACUACUGGCUAUGAAGAAGCUGCUGCACAGGGCAUCAUUUCUGGUAUCAAUGCUGCUAGACAUUCAGAUGGGAAGCCCCUUAUUGUUCUUGAGAGGGAAAGCAGUUAUAUAGGGACUUUGAUUGAUGAUCUGGUUACUAAGGAUCUUCGAGAGCCAUACCGAAUGUUAACAAGCCGUUCAGAACAUCGAUUACUUCUUCGAUCUGAUAAUGCGGAUAGUCGUCUCACACCUUUGGGGCGUGAAAUUGGGUUGAUAGAUGAUAGACGCUGGAAAAUAUACCAGGACAAACAAGCAAGGAUUUCAGACGAAAAGAAGCGGUUGAAAACUGUCAGGAUUUCAGGAGGAGACUUGGCUGCUGAUGUUUCUCACUUCUCUGGUCAACCUGUGAAGGAAUCUUCAACACUAGAGAGUCUUCUAAAGAAACCACACAUAGAAUAUAAACUUCUUGAUAAGCAUGGUUUUGGGAACGAAAUGUUAUCAAGAACAGAGAAAGAAUGUGUUGAAAUCGAUAUAAAAUAUGAAGGCUUCAUUAUUCGCCAACGAAACCAACUCCAACAGAUGGUCCAUCAACAGCAUAGACGACUUCCCGAGGACUUGGAUUACUAUGCAAUGACAACUUUGUCUCUUGAAGCACGCGAAAAGCUCUCCAAGGUUAGGCCGCAAACUAUUGGUCAAGCGAGCAGAGUAGGUGGGGUUAGUCCUGCAGACAUCACUGCUCUUAUGAUUAUACUUGAAACCAAACGAAGAAAAGCUCAAGAAGUGAGAAGACACCAGAUACGUGCUUCUGUCAUGGUAGAUACUGUUGAAAAUUUGUCUGAUACAUUAACAGAGGCAGUUGAACAAUUCAGGAACACAUAAAUGCGGAUGAGAUCUUGAGUCUUUAACAAUUAGAACCUUGAGGAACAAGUACUUUGAAGAUUUUUCCGGAGGCUGCAAUCUCUUAUAGCAUCUGGACCAGGAAUUUGACCAGGAAUUUGAGGUUAGUUUAAAUUUUAGUUUGCUUAUAUUAAUGAUAUUCGUAUCUCGGAAUAUUCUCGUAUCGUUUAUGCCAUUUGUAAUUAGCACAAAUAUUCAGGCUGUAACUACCAUAUUCGUCCUUGAUUACUUUGUUGAAGCUCUUUGGAAUUGGAGUUAACUUGCUGCAUUGCCAUUGAUGAAGGUUCAUUAUGCUUCAUUUUGUACAUUUUAGCAGUUCAAUAUAAAUUUUCCAAGUAUGAGAAUGUUAA